AUGAUAUACUUGAGCAAUUAUCUAACUAAGAAGUUGGAGAAAAAUCUCUGGCAACAAACUUUACCAUUAGACUAUAAAUCUAGUAAAGCUUCUAUAUUUCGACGAAUUCAGAUCAUCAUGUUGCAUUUAACUAAAGAACAUUUAUCUUUCAAUCAAUUACAAAGCCAUUCUUUCAAUCAUUACUGA